UCAAAAAGUGUAAACUUCUAGUUACAAGAUAAGUCCUGAGGAUGUAAUGUAUAGCAUGAUGACAAUAGUUAACAACAACCAAAAAGUACUAUUUUUAUCAUCGUAGAUGGUCCUCUACCUUCCGUGCCUCCUCCUGACAGCAAACUCAUAGUAUCGGGCUCUCCCUGGGGAAGCAGGUGUAAGAACAGGGAAAGGGAGGAAGGGUCCUGCACAGCCCUGGGAUGGUCAUACAUCCCACAAGAGAGAAAAAGGCCAAAAAUAUGAACAUAGGAGGUCAAGUCAGAAGAACACGGAGAGACAACUGUGCUUCCAGAGUCCAGAGACCCGGAGAUGUCAUUUCCUUCCAUCCAUCCAUCCUCCCACCCACCUGCUCAGAGGUAAUCUCAGCCUGUGGAGGGAGGAGACGCAUCAAUCCCUGGUCAUGGCCAAGGGUGGCUCCAGUGCCAGGGAGAAGUGACCGAGUAGAGUGAGACAAGCUCUGGUGUAGAAGUCAAGAGCCCUGGUUCUCCUCUUGGCUCUGCCACUGACUAGCUGUGUGAAUCAGGUUGUAUGGCUAGACCAUUCUGGACCUCAGUCUCCUCACCUGUAAAAUGGGGACAGUUGGACCAGAAGGUAGAUGGGGGCUUUCCAGUUCUGACGUUCAAUGGCUGACCCUUUGGCCCCUGAUGUUACAAUAUGGAGCUUGAUCGUGAUUGGCCCAUAGCCUCACCCAGCUCUGCUGUUCUCCUGGCCAUGGGAACAAGAUGGACUUGCCCUGGACCUUCCCUACUUGUGCUCUUCUAUUAUGGGCAGCUCUUGCCAUGGCUCAGGACUGAGGCUGAUCAGAACUCAGACAAGCUCUACAAUGAGGCCGUGGCAAAGGCCUUCCUGCAGUUUUAUGAGCGUACAGCCCAAGUUGUGUGGAACCAGUUCAUGGAGGCCACCUGGAACUAUGUCACCAACAUCACCAAGAAUAACCGCGGGGAGAUGCUGGACAAGGACGUGGAGCGGUCCCAGCACACGCUGGCUCUUGGCACGCGGGCCCUCCUGUUUAAGGUCGCCAGCUUCCAGGACCCAGCCGUGAAGCGCAUGUUGAGUAAGCUGCAGAACUUGGACAGGGCGGUCCUGCCCAAGGAGGAGCUCCGGGAGUACAACCAGAUUGUGGUCCACAUGGAGACCACAGACAGCAUGGCCCAGGUGUGCCUGAACGAGGGGCCCUGCCUGCCCCUGGAGCCAGACCUCCAAGAAGUCACGGCCUCCUCCUGGGACCAGAGGGAGCUGCUGUGGGCCUGGCAGGGCUGGCGGGAUGCUGUGGGUCACCAGCUCCGCAGCACCUUCAAGCGCUACCUGCAGCUGCGAAGCUCAACGCACCUCUGAGCCCCCUCCCCUUUCCUGGGUUACAAAGACAUGGGGGCCUUAUGGCGGUCCACGUACAAGUCCGACACACUGGAAGAAGACCUGGAGCAGCUCUUCCAGGAGCUGCAGCCGCUCUACGUGAACCUGCACGCCUACGUGCGCCUGGUGCGCCUGGCCCUGUAUCGCUUCUACGGGCCCGAGCUCAUCGAUCCGAGGGAGCCCAGCCCAGCCCACGUUCUGGGCAACAUGUGGGCUCAGUCCUGGGUCAGCGUCUUAGACCUGGUCCUGCUUCCGGAGAAGCACCCCGAGGACAUCACGAAGAUCACGUGAGGCCAGCAGUGGAAGUCUGAGAAAAUGUUCCAAGAGGCUGAAAAAUUCGUCACCUCCCUGGGGCUGCUUUCCACCCCUCCUGAGUUCUGGAAAAAUGCCAUGACGGAAAGGCCAACGGACGGGCGGGAGGUGGAGUGCCACGCAUCCGCCUGGGACGUCUACGAGGGGAAGGACUUCAGGAUAAAGAAGUGCACUGAAGUGACCAUAGAAGAUCUGCUCUCCAUCUUCCACCAGAUGGGCUAUAUCCAGUACUUCUUGCAGUACAAGAACCUCUCUGUGAUCUUCCACACAGGCGCCAACCCAGCCUUUGAAGAGGCCGUGGGGUCGGUGAUCACCCUCUCGGCCUCCUCCCAUAAGCACCUGCUCAACAGAGCCCUGCUCAGCCACCAGCACCAGGAUGAAGAAGAGGAGGUCAGUUUCCUGAUGAACGUUGCCCUGGAGAAGAUCGCCUUCAUCCCCUUCGCCUACCUGGUGGACCUGUUUCACUGGAAGGUCUUUGACGGCACCAUCGAGAAGGCCGUGUGCAACCAGGAGUGGUGGAACCUCAGGUUGAAGUCCCAGGGCCUGUGCCCCACUGUCCCUCGGACAGAGAAUGACUUUGAUCCGGGCACCAAGUUCCACAUCUCUGCCAGCUUGCCCUACAUUCGGUACUUCCUCAGCCUCGUGCUCCAGUUCCAGUUCCAUGAAGCACUCUGCAAGGCCUCAGGCCACGUGGGGCCCCUGCACUGAUGCGACUUCUAUAACUCCUAGCUGGCUGGGAAGCUCCUGGAGGAUGUCCUAAAGCUGGGCUUGAGCAAGCCCUGGCCAGAGGCCCUGCAGAAGAUAACCGGGGAGACCAAGGUGUGUACAAAGGCCCUCAUGACCUACUUCAAGCCCCUGCUGAACUGGCUGGUCGCCGAGAAUGUGCGGCGUGGGGACAUCCUGGGCUGGCCAGACUUCAGCUGUUCCUUUGAAGAGAAAGAAACAGACAGGGAGGCAUUCCUGGGUCUGGAGCUGGACCCUGCCCAGGCCAAAUCUAGGCAGUGGGUGUUGCUGGCCCUGAGCUUUGUCAUGUUACUGGUGGUCCUGUUGCUGGCCUACAGGCUGUACAUCCUGGAAAAAAAGCUCACUGGCCCAAGACACCAGACACUCAAGUCACCACCCAAAACCUGCUUUCUAGGCACAGCCAUGGAGCCCCACCAAGUUGUCAAAGAACAGUGGCUGCUGCUGGGCCUCUGCCUCAUCCUGAUGCUGCGCUCAACCGGCCUGACCGUUCGGAUUUUCACACAGCACAGCAGGAAGCCCCCGUGGAUGAGAGCUGAAUGGUGGAGCUGGGACUAGACACCAGUGUGACUGGUGAGGCUGGGGGGCAGGAGGAGGAUGGCCAAGCCAGAGAGGACGUUGGGGAGGUUGAGGAGGGGGCCGCUUGCACACAUAGUGCCCUGCUGUAAUGGGUGCAGCUGUGGCAGAUCUGUAUCCAUGCGGAGUUGUAACUGUGUGUUUGUGAACUCGUGUAUGUGAGGCCAUGUGACUGUGUGAUUCCAUGUACGCCCUGGGUUCCAGGCCAGCCUCCUUCCCUGGGGGCGCAGGAACCAUGGUUUUAGUGACUCAGGGGCUUUGUUCCUCCAAGCCAUCCCCCAGCCCCAAUUCAUGCCCAGAACUUGUUCUUCAUAGUCAUGCUUUCUUUAGGAGCCCAACUGUGGGGCUGGACAGGGACUGCAGUACCCGAGGAGAAUCUGCUCUGGUUAGAAACUGGACACUGCUUCAGUCCCCUUAUAAAAUGUAUUCAAGUAGAGCCAGACACUCCUGUACAAAUCAUCAGCGCCCAGUUCAUGAGCACGAGGCUCUGUAUACUGGCCGGCACCUCUUUCUGCUGAUCCUCUGGCCUGCCCUGUGUUGGGCUGCAUAAUCCAGCCCCCAAAAGCUGCUUGUUAGCUGUCUGAGAUGCAAGUAGCCUUACAAACUGCCCCAUGGCCCUCCCUGCCCCAGUCCAGGCCCUCCCAAAUGGAGAGAGUGGGUAGCUGGGCACCAAG